AGUCGUUCCUGAAACUCAAAAAUUUUGACUGAAAUGUUUUGGGCACGGUCCACAAAAACGUUCGUCGGGCUGCAAAGGACGUCAUCCAACAAUUGAGCUGCAGUCUGCUGAGACAUUUACAUUCUAAGAAUUUUUUGGCGGCCCUUGGACAUCAAUACCCUCAUGGCCUCACGAUAACCAGUAUCAUAACCUUGGAUCCAGAGAUCCUUUCAUCGGUACGACAAUGGCAUCCACAAGCACAAGUACGACGGAAACCUCCCCUCUUCUUCCAUCUCGAACCACCUCUUCUCUUGACACGGCGAAGAAGGGAGCACGAAAUGUAACCUUCAAUCCCAAUCCAGCCAUAAUAUCGAUCGACAAUGCCUCGAGCCAAUCUCUGCGACCAGCACAAAGUGCACUCAAUGCUGCGCUACCGUCCAAUUCCCCGUCGUCAAACCCUCCCAUGCUUUCCGCGUUGAACAGCCGUCUGCGACGAAGAAAUAGCUCCGGGUCCCCUCUUAUGCCCCUACCCAGCGGCCCAGUACCUAAAAUUGGACCCCAGAGAACGACGAAGAAUGCUCAGAAGCUCAAGCUUCUCCCAAACCCAGAUUUUGGCGAAGAUGGACCAGAUGAAGAGAGUGGACGAGAUGUCUACUCACAGUACACGCGGAUUAAGGAUCCUACAGCACGUCGUGAUGCUGCGAGACUUGGGAAGGCGGAUCGUGACCGAUUACCCAGAGUAACGGCAUAUUGUACAGCGAAUAAAUACCAGAUGGACAAUCUGAUGCGGUUCUUAAAAGGAAGAGGGAAGACGAAAGGUGCGAAUCCGAAGUUAUUUGAUGAGUGUAUAUACACUCCUUACAACUACGGGAUGAAUUUAUCGGCGCCUUCGGAGAGGGUGAUGGAAGUGCAGUCGCUGCCGGCACAGAUGAGCGAGAGGAGGCAUUCGGAUAGUGCUAUUGAGGUUGAAGACAACAAUAAGCAUAGGAGAGAAGAUCUCAUCGACCUCCAUACAGAGGGUGGGGACACGAGUCUAGGCAAUGGGGAGAAUCAGAUGCAUUCCGAGGCUGUUCAGAGGCAGAUUCAAGACGAGAAUAUUGCUACGGAAAGUAAUCUGGAUUUCGACACUCAGGUACAUACACCGGAAGUAUUCCUCUUCGAUUAUGGAGUGGUGGUCAUCUGGGGAAUGUCAUUACAACAUGAACAGCGAUUCUUGAAAGAGAUCGCCAAGUUCGAGAGCGAGAAAUUGGCUCCCGAUGAUGUGGAGACUGAGUGCUUCAACUUCUACUAUACGAGGGAGUAUCAAGCACGGAUAUACAACGACUUCAUCACUUUGCGAGAGAAGGGUAACUACAUGACAAAGUUAGCAAUCUCACAUGCUCUAGCCCAAAGUGUCAAGACAUCUCUCUUCGAAGAACUAGUCGACAACACAAUCGAAACCUGUAAAGACAUCCCCACCCAGAUUGCCUUAACCGGGAAAAUCGCCCUCUCAUCCAAAGAAAUCAACAUGCAAAUCGGCGAGCUCUUUAUUCUACGCAUCAACAUCCACCUCAACGGUUCCGUCCUCGACACACCGGAGCUCUUCUGGGUAGAACCGCAACUAGAGCCCGUUUACGAAGCUGUAAGGAAGUAUCUAGAAAUGGAUCAGAGAGUCAAUCUCUUGACCGAGAGAUUAGAUGUUAUUGCGGAUCUGUUGGCUGUGCUGAAAGAUCAGCUGAGCCAUGGACAUGGAGAGAAGUUGGAGUGGAUUGUUAUUGUACUAAUUGCAGCCGAGAUUCUGGUCGCUGCUGUAAAUAUCGUGGUUGACUUGUAUGCCGGAGUUGAUUGAACGGCCUUUGGAUUCUUCAGACGAACUUUGUCAAGCGUGGGAGUUUGGAGUACAAGCAACAAGAUCUGUACAUGAAGCACUAGAGACGCUCCAGGCUCGCUGCCCAGAAAAAAACAGGCAGCAUUUCAUCACGUAGAAGAGGACGGCGAAGACGGGAAAGAAGAUUUGUUCGUAAUCCAUGUCUUACUUAUUUAGCUGUUAGAAUACAGAAGCUUGCAAAUAGCCAUUUGCGCGUCCGUAUCUUCAGCCAAUUAUGUAGUCUAUAGUACAGCACAUUCAAUCGAAGUGAUCCGAUGACCAAGGGUCCAUUC